UAUGGCUUCGUGGAUGAAAGCUUUUUAUUACGAUAAUGUUUCAAAUAAGCUGACAGAUUUAGUAGAAACCACGCCAGCAUGGAAACUCGUCGCUGGUGGAAGUCUACUAUUAGUUGGAGGAUACUAUAUUUUCUUCAAAGACAGAAAUUCACUUCCAGGACCAAGAGGACUUCCUAUUUUAGGAAUUCUUCCUUGGCUCGAUAAAGACUUACCUCAUCUUGAUCUAUCUUCUUAUAGAAAACAGUAUGGUGAUGUGUUGAAAGCGCCUAUAAUGACAGAGGAUAUCAUACUUGUUUCCGGAGAAAAUAAUAUCUAUGAUUUAUAUAUUAAUAAACAAAACGACUUUUCAAAUAGAGACCGUGGCGUAAGAGUUACGGCCAUAUUAAAUGGCAUUGAAGAUAUUUCUAUUAUGAAUGACCAUCAAUUAUUUAGAGAUUCAAAGAAGAUGACUCUUAGAUCUCUUAAAACCUAUUCGGAGGGAAUGAAAAAAGUAGAGGAUAUCUCUUCCGAAAUAAUUGGUGAAUUUUUAGAAUACAUACAAUCUACACAAUCCAAACCAGUAGAUAUUGACGAUAAAAUGAAAGCUUUGUUCGGUAAUAUUAUCAUAUCUAUGACCCUAAAUAGGAGAAUCGAAUCUUCUGUUAUGGAGAAAUUUGUUGCUACAUAUGAAAAGAUUUUCAAAAUUGUUCUUGCACCUUCAACUGCAAUUUUAGAGGUAUUUCCUUGGCUUAGAAGCUGUGGUAAUAAAGCCUAUAAAAUGCUGGUGAAUUGCGCAAAAAGACGAGAUAAUCUAAUAGAACCUAUUGUUAGAGAGGCAAUAGACAAUUUUGAUCCUCAUGAUAUAAAAACUACUACUGAUCAACUUUGGCAUUAUAUGAAUCAAUCAAAUAUAGAUUAUGAUUUCAAACAUCUUUAUGGUAUUUCUUCUGGUUUAAUCAUUGCUGGUUUCAUUACAACUUCUUCGACAUUGUAUGGACUUUUUCCAAUUCUAAUGUCACAUAGACAUAUUGAACAGAAGAUUCUUCAAGAAAUUGAACAUAAUAUUGGUUUUAAUCGUCUUCCAUCACUCGAUGAUAAAGCUAAUAUGCCAUACACGGAAGCUACAAUAUUGGAGGCUCAUCGCUAUCUAUCUGUUGUACCUUUUAGUUUACCACAUAUAGCUGUAAGAGAUUCGACAAUUGGAGGUUAUAAUAUAAAGAAGGGAAGUCAAAUAUGGCCAAAUAUUUGGGGUCUUCAUCAUGAUGAAACGAUUUGGGGAGAUCCUGAAAAUUUCCGACCCGAAAGAUUUUUGGAUGAUAAUGGUCGUGUUCUAACAGCGGAACAUCGAUUCAGAAAAUGGUAA